CAGUUAAAAAACCAAACUACAAAAUCCUCCAUUUCAGUUCAGAUUUCUACGGAAAACCCAAUACCCAUCUCGAGAAAAUCUUGCAGAAAAGAUGGCUUCGGCAAUGAGAAUUGUUUUCGGGCUUCUUACACUUGUCACAUGUGGAAUGAUUCUCGGAGCUUUGAUUCAACUAGCAUUUAUUCAUAGGAUGGAGGACUCACUUGACAGAGAAUCGUCUUUUAGUGGAAAGCAUGCAAGUUUAGCUGGCAACAAACAUCCGUUAGCAAGAGGAAUCUCUCAUUGGGGUUAUGACAAAGAAGCUGUAGCACUACGUAUAGGAUAUGUGAAGCCUGAAAUUAUUAGCUGGAAACCAAGAAUUAUAUUAUUUCACAACUUCUUAAGUGCAGAGGAAUGUGAUUAUCUUAGAUCGGUUGCCAUGCCCCGUCUUCAUGUUUCAACUGUUGUAGAUGCAAAAACUGGAAAGGUAUGCACACUAUGCAAAUGAUUCUCUGACAUUCAG